AUGAGUGUUUAUGUGUAACACACAGCUAGUUAUUUAUUAAUAUAUUAAUGUAAUUAAUGUGUGCAUUUGUUUCUUCACAAAAUAUUUAUAAUUAGACAUUUUCCAUUGACAAUUUUACACGAUCUUUCUAGCUGACGUUAACUUGGGUAGCUAUUAAUUCUGGCUGCUAUACCGUUGGUCUGACAGAAUUACUGCAAAGGGCGAGCCUCCAGUUUCUUAUAUUUUUCAUUCGUAUUGGGGAGUCCUUGAAAUUAGUAAUAAGAAAAGUAUUGUUUAUCCUGAAGCGUGUUAUCUUGUUUGUGUUGAUAGCCACAGCAACCAGAUCAAAACCAUCAAUACUGUAGCCAGCAGGUUAGCUAUAAUAAGUAGCUAACGUUAGCUAGUAUCUCUUGGAGAAAUACCGCAUCCUUAAAACUAGCUCUCUAGAGACAGUACGUAAUGGCCCAAGAAGCGUUUCCUUUGCAUUAUCUAGUGUGGAACAACCAAUACCUUGAGCUGGAUCGAGAAUUACAGAAGAAACAGCAAGAUAUAGAGCGGCUGGACCCGCGGGGACGCACCCCGCUGGAGCUGGCUGUGUGCUUGGGCCACCUCGAGUCCACGCGGGUUCUGCUGAGGCAUUGUGCAGACCCCACGCAUUGCAACUCCCAGGGCUGGACAGUGCUACAGGAGGCGGUCAGUACUGGAGAUCCAGAGCUGGUGCAGUUGGUGCUUCAGUACAGAGACUAUAAAAGAGCAACAGAGAGGCUGGCCGGCAUCCCAGAGCUGCUCAGCAAGCUAAGACAGGCACGGGAUUUCUAUGUGGAGAUGAAGUGGGAGUUCACAAGCUGGGUGCCGCUGGUGUCGAAGGUGUGUCCCAGCGACGUGUACCGCGUGUGGAAGAGCGGCUCGUGUCUGCGGGUCGACACCACCCUGCUGGGGUUCGAGCACAUGACCUGGCUUAAGGGCAGACGCAGCUACAUCUUCAAGGGUGGAGAGAGUGGUGCGGUGGUUAUGGAGGUGGACCACGAGAAGCAGGUGGUGUACACUGAGCCCCUCUCCCUCUCGCCACGAGACGCCUCCUCCCUCCUGGCGGCCAUGUUGCCAUCCCAAGAGAACACGGCUCAACGCCUCACCUCCCCCAUUGUCUCCACCCACCUCAACACCCGCAACAUUGCCUUUGAGAGGAACAAAUCUGGUAUUUGGGGCUGGCGUUCAGAGAAGACAGAGGUUGUCAGUGGCUAUGAAGCCAAGGUUUACAGUGCCAGUAACGUGGAGCUGGUAACUCGAUCUAGAACAGAACACCUCUCAGACCAGGACAAGUCCAGGAGCAAAGGCUCUAAGACUCCGCUCCAGUCAUUCCUUGGAAUAGCAGAGCAGCAUGUGGCUCACAACGGGAGUCAUGUAUCGCAGUGCGCUAGUCCCCACAACCCCACAGCCAUCACCGCAGAGGAGUACUUUGACCCCGACUUCCCUCUGAACAACCGGGAUAUUGGAAGACCUGUGGAGCUUACCAGCAAAGUACAGAGGUUCAAGGCGACCCUGUGGCUAAGCGAGGCCCACCCCCUCUCCCUGGCAGAGCAGGUUACGCCCAUCAUCGACCUCAUGGCCAUAUCCAACGCCCACUUUGCCAAACUGCGGGACUUCAUCACUCUGCGGCUGCCCCCGGGCUUUCCCGUCAAGAUAGAGAUCCCUCUCUUCCAUGUGCUGAAUGCCAGGGUGACCUUCAGUAACCUGUGUGGGUGUGAUGAGCCAGUAAGCUCUGUCACUGUCCACACACCAGAGGGCAGUACUGAGGCCGGGCAGACCCCCCCUCCCCUGCACUGUGAGGUGGACCCCUCCGUUUUCGAGCCCCCGCCAGACUACACCACGCUGGGCCCGGGCCGCAGCGAGCCGCUGAGGGAUGAGGACGACAACCUGCUGCAGUUCGCCAUCCAGCAGAGCCUCCUGGACGCGGGCACAGAGAGUGACCAGGUGACUAUAUGGGAAGCUCUUACUAACAGCCGCCCUGUCUCUCAGACACAUCUAUAUGAGGAGGACUCCCAGCUUGAGAGAGCAAUCCAGGAGUCUCUCUCACUCUCGCUGGCCACCAGCGAGGGAGGGGAGACGCUAGGCUCCGCAGAACCCGCCCAGCUGCAGCCCGUCUCCCCAUCAGACCCUGCUGUCCACUCCCCUCCUGCUUACAGCUCAUUGGCCGAGCCUCGGGUUCCGGGAGCGUUCGCCGUAGCAACCAGCUUUGACGAGCAGUUACGCAUCGCCAUGGAGCUCUCUUGCAGGGAGCAGGAGGAGAUGGACAGGAAGAGGCGCGAGGAAGAGGAGGAGCUGGAGAGGAUCCUGCAGCUGUCUCUCACAGAGAAGUAGCACUGCUGACUGUGAAGGAGGAAGAAGUGGGAGUGGUUUUAACAGGGGAACAAACUAGUUUAUUUAUUAUUUGUGUUUUUUUCUUGAAAUGUUAAAUUAUUAUUAUUAUUAUUAUUAUUAUUAUUUGUUAUAGUGAAGGACACAAUAGAGCAAUUAAUGCAAUACAAUACAAACCCACUGGCUAUUUAAACAGAUACUGCACUAUGAGAGAGUGAGAGAGGGCGAGAGAGAAAAGAAGACGCCUGUAGCACUGAGAAUGUGCAUUGGAUUUCAUGUGUCUGUACUGUAAUACAGAUAAACAGGCAAAGAACAUUGUAUUGCAUGGAGAGCCCGUGAGAGGAAGAUGGUAACAUAAAGACACAAUGACUGACC